AUGGGUGGAACGCAAGAACCAGGAUGCUCCUUCUGGCCAACCUCCGCCGACCGACGAGACACACUCGUGGGGUCGUCCCCCGUCAGACUCUCGGCCUCAGGUGAUGAUCCGAUUCCGCACUUGACAGAUGCAGUUAUUCUAUUUCUUGAAACGAAUAACCAGAAAAACGCCCGAGACCCUCAUUUCGUCAGUCUGCGCAAUCAAGCCCUCGAGGAGGGUAAGCUGAUGGAGCAAAAAUUCAAAGAGGCCCGUCUUGCCUCUCAACACGGGCAAGCCAAAUCACUCAGAGAACAAGCGAAUCGACAUAAGCAGCAGCAAGAGAAAUUAAACAAACAGGCAGCUGACUGGCUCUUUAAAGAGAAUAACCACAACUUGCCUGCGGACACGAUCGACUUGCACGGUCUUUAUGUCAAGGAAUCCUUAACUUAUGCCGAGAAGUUCAUACAACGAGCAGAGAAGAACGGCCGGCCGGAUCGGCUACAAUUCAUCGUCGGGAAGGGUCUUCAUUCUGUAAACUCGAAGCCCCUGUUGAAGCCAGCGAUCGAGGGGCUGAUCAGGAAACACAAACUAGCUUUUGAAGAACACCCACGCAACCCCGGCAUCCUUGUAGUCCAACUUAACGUCCCUGGAGAUCAUGUCGGCCGGGGCAUCAACAUCCUCGACCGUAUUUCUUGCAACCCUGAUUCUAAAGAGGGAUGCCUUAUCGUCUGA